CGCAGGCACCUCGGUUUUUAUUUCGGGGCUGGUGAGAGGUCUCGGUGCCUCAGCGCGCAGCAAGAACCUCCGUGAGCCUCGGUUUCCCCAUCUGUGAAAAGUGGGUCAUCCCGGAGCCAACCUGAUUUAGGAGAUGGUUGAUGAGGAAAGCGCCAGGCAUACAGCUCCUGGGACCAUGGGCCUCAGGCCCUGAGGACAGACGGCUCCUUGUGGCCAUGACGACAGGUGACUGUUGCCACCUCCCUGGCUCCCUAUGUGACUGCUCUAGCAGCCCUGCCUUCUCCAAGGUUGUGGAGGCCACAGGCCUUGGGCCACCCCAGUAUGUGGCACAGGUGACUUCAAGGGAUGGCCGACUGCUCUCAACUGUCAUCCGGGCUUUGGACACACCGAGUGACUGUCCCUUCUGCCGAAUCUGUCACGAGGGAGCGAAUGGGGAGAACUUGCUGUCCCCGUGUGGCUGCACCGGCACGCUGGGAGCUGUGCACAAGAGCUGCCUGGAGAAAUGGCUGUCUUCCUCCAAUACCAGCUACUGCGAGCUGUGCCACACUGAGUUUGCAGUUGAAAAGCGGCCCCGACCCCUCACAGAGUGGCUGAAGGACCCAGGGCCUCGCACUGAGAAGCGGACGCUGUGCUGUGACAUGGUGUGCUUCGUGUUCAUCACACCACUGGCUGCCAUCUCAGGUUGGCUGUGCCUUCGAGGGGCCCAGGACCACCUCCGUCUGCACAGCCGGCUGGAGGCUGUGGGGCUCAUUGCCCUCACCAUCGCCCUCUUCACCAUCUAUGUGCUCUGGACACUGGUGUGGCCUAUGGCGAAUGCCAGGGCUCCUUUUCCUCUCCCAGGGUGGAGGCCUGUCUCUACCUUCCCACCCACUGCAGGACUGCCUCCGCAGGUCUCUUUCCGAUACCACUGCCAGCUGUACUCAGAAUGGAGGAAGACAAAUCAGAAAGUCCGCCUGAAGAUUCGAGAAGCAGAUGGCUCCGAGGAACCCCACCACUCCUUGCUGGCUGCUGGACUCUUAAAAAAGGUGGCAGAGGAGACCCCUGUGUGAAGAACUGACUGGCAGGGCCCUGAGGUAGUGAAGAGACCAGAGGCAGAUGACAAUGCCUUGGUGUUUGGAAGGAUGGAAGCUGCCUGACCUUUCAUGCACAGCCACGAUGCUUCUCAGGCCAAGAGCCACAGCAAGCAGAGCCUGCUCUGUGCUCCUUGUGAACAGAUUUUCAAGGGUUUUGUUUUAUAUUGUUGUACAUGACCAGGACAAAUGAACAGACCCAAGCUUUGGAUGGAGCAGGCACCCCUAUCUCAUUCUGAGUUCUGCUUGAUACCUCCUUGGCCAGCAGCUUUGACUGCUUGUGUCAGGGGCGCCUGUUGGGCUAGAAGGUUCCAGCAAGCUUCUUGCGCUACUCUGCACCUAGCUGGCUUGCUUUACUGGCACUCUUGACUUUAUAAAGUUGCACUGCAUUCCAAAAACCCAACCCUGAAUGAAUAAAAGGAGCCCUUGCUGGCUAA